AUCGAAAGGCCAUCUAUGGGAGAAGACCGCAUACAAUUAUUACAAUAGCAUAUUCUCUGGAAAGACGGAGGCCCAGGUCUGCCAUUGUGAACUCAUCAGAAUUCUUGGAACCCGCAUCAGAUCUGACCAGUGACCUUUGGGGCAUGCGUCAAGCGUCGACUUCCACAAUAGGGAGUCACUUUCAAAUGAUCACUGAUUCUCUUGAUUCACGUUGCAGAUAAUCGAUAACGUCUUCCCUAUAGUACCACAGUUCACUGAUCAACUCGCCAUAGCUUGCCCACAGCCUUUCCGAGAACAUGACUGACACGAAUAACCCCUCUGCGAUUCCAAAUGCCAUGAUACAUGUGAUUGAUCCAGAGCGGGACAAUACUUUCCGUGCUCUAGCAGCUACCAGUGGAUACCUCAAAGCGCAGAGUCGGAACAAGAUUCUCGUGAAAUGUACGCAGUGUGAAACGGAAAUGGAGAAACCUCGCAAAUGCUCGAAGUGCAGGAGUGUUUUGUAUUGUUCACAAAGGAAAAACUGGCCCACCCACAAACGGAUAUGCCACGAAGUCGAACAUUCCUCGGGGGUACUCAAACUCGUUCGGAUGUUCAGUGUGAAUCCGUUGCUCAUGAUGUACCUCAAAGUUGCUAUCGUUCUCGACUGUAACCUGCUCAACAAUCCCCGGAUUGGAUUCGAGCUGCCGUUCGUGGCACAUGUUGAUAUUGCCUUAGAGCCAAGUGACAUUUUUGACUUCGUUGGAUUGUAUUUCGAUGACAAGGUUGUUCGGGAGAAACUCCAGGGGAUGGUGCAAGUCAACGCCAUGACUCCGUGGUACACGGGUAUGCAGGGCGCACGCCCCCUCACACCGCAGCGACUAAACCAAUGGCGCGAGGUCCGAGCAAGGCAUAAUGCAGAUGGUUACACCAAAGAUCCUAACAAUAACCUACAUGGUAAGUGUGGGGUGUCAUAUAUCCCCUGUCAUCCUUGAGAUGGCGAUGGAACGUGAGCCCUUCGUACGUGUCUGUCCACUCGCAGGCACUCGGUUCAAGCAACCCAUGAACGCUAUGACAUGUCUAGAGUAUAUCAAUAUACAUAUUCGGGCGGAUACGCAGAAUCAGCUGCGUUUACGGACCGAGAUGACAGAGCAAGACAAAGAAGUUAUUCAGGCAGCAGGUCGCGACGAGGACGAAGAUCCCG